CCUGAAGGCCGCGGCGGAUGUUCGCGGAGCGGCGGGGUCCAGCACUGCUUCUUCUUCCUGGAGUCCUUGGGGCUCUCUGAGCUUGGCUGUUUGCCUGCAGAUGCGUCAUCGCCCAACUAGAGGUUUGGACCACCAUCCCAGUAGUGACUCAGAAUUGAGGAGAUCCUGAAAACAAGAGAUUGAUGUCGCUUUCUGUACCCUGCUAAUAAGGAGAAGUGCAUUCUCCAUAUUAUUUAUACAGGUACAACAAUGGAUCUUGUCCUGGCUUGUGCAGACAGUUACAUUUUGACACCACGUGUUUAUCCGGCAACGUGGCCAGAAGACGACCCCUUCCGGCAGAUUAUUAGUCUCUUUGUUAUAACAAUCAUGGGGGCAACUGUCCUUUAUUUUCUGUUUGCCACUCUCAGCUACUAUGUCCUUUUUGAUCACUCAUUAAUGAAGCAUCCUCAGUUUUUAGAGGAUCAAGUGCAGCGGGAGAUCAAGCAUGCUGUCUUGUCUUUGCCAUGGAUGGGCCUUCCAACUGUUGCCAUCUUCUUUGCUGAGGUCAGGGGCUACAGCAAGCUUUACGAUAAUGUCGGGGACUCUUCAUGUGGAUGGUUUGGUGUUAUCUUCAGCAUGCUUUCAUUUCUGUUGUUCACCGAUAUGUGUAUUUACUGGAUUCAUCGGUUUCUCCAUCACAAGCUCUUAUAUAAGCGUUUUCACAAGCCCCACCACACAUGGAAGAUUCCAACUCCAUUUUCCAGCCAUGCUUUUCACCCUCUUGAUGGUUUCCUUCAGAGCAUCCCUUAUCAUAUCUAUCCAUUCCUUUUUCCUCUUCACAAAGUGACCUAUUUGGGUCUCUAUGUCUUUGUCAAUAUCUGGUCAAUCUCCAUUCACGAUGGGAACGAUCGGGUUCCUGACGUGCUGAGAGAGAUUAUCAAUGGAUCUGCCCAUCACACUGAUCACCACUUAUACUUUGAUUACAAUUAUGGCCAAUACUUCACACUCUGGGAUAGAAUUGGGGGUUCAUACAAAACCCCCUCUACUUUUGAAGGUCAGGGACCCCAUGCCUAUUUGAAAAAGCUGAGCAAUGGCCAUGGGGACAAGAAAAUACUAGGAGAUGAUGAAGUUAAAAAUAAAUAGCAAUCCUUCCCAACUGAAGGAUUAGGCAAAUCUAUGCUUUAUGAACUGUGUGGCCAGAAUUCAACCCAUUCCCCACCCAUCAGCUUUGGAAAUGGAGGUAUUCUAGGAUGAGACGGCAGAAAGAAAAUAUGGAUUCAUGCAGAGCAGUGUCUUUGAUGCUGACCAGUGAUGGAGAAAACAUCCAUACAUGAAUUCUCCUGUUGCCACUGGAAUGAAAUCAGGAAGCGGUCAGUGCUGCUCUUAAGUCCAUCCUCAGCAGUUGUUUGCUUGCAAAUUUCAGCAAGACCUUGUAGGCUGCUACUGUGUUAUACCAGUAUAUUAGUAGGCGUUUGGGUUAGGUGUGAAUGAAUGGAGUCAUUGUUUCCAUUGUGAAAUUAGGAUCCUAAAAUGCAUGUGACAAUGCACUUUAGUCUUGUCUUAACGGACUAAUUGGUGGGAGGAAUUUCUGAAGUCCUGAACUGAAGGGCACACAUCACAGCAAUGCAAAUGAUGUAAUUAGCAUCGGAGCAUCAUUACCCAAAUGACACCAAGUUGCAACAGAAAUUUGUCCAUUGCUUGCAAAGUCCAGUCAAGGUCUAGAAUAUUGAGGUUUCUCUGAACACCUGUUGAAUGACCUAUGAGAUAAGAAGUGAUAUUUCUGGAAAGAAGUGCAGGAAUAAAGCAUAGGAACUCUGGUCUAAGUUUUAGUUUAUUAGUCCUUCAAAGACAUAAUGGCCUCUGGUUUGCAAAGGGGCCUGAUCUACAGUAUAUAAAUUUCAGACUUCUGUGGUGACAGGUUUAGGAACAGGGAGAGGUGAUGAUGAGAGGGUAUUCUAAAUCAUUGCUUUGACUUUUUUCCUCUUCAAUAUGUAUCACUUUAAAAAUACUCCCCCCCAAAAGAACAAACAUCAGGAUGAAUGCUAUUGCUUCAAUAAAAAUAAAUGCAAAUAAUUCAGGAGAUAUGUGAAAAAAUUCUGAUUGGUUUUUUAAUUGUAUGUAGGAUGUCCUGUCGUUCCUUCCCCCCACCCCUCACCCCCCACCCCAGAAAAUUAGGCAGGCUGUGGAAACUGUCUCCUCUCUAAUUAAUGUUUUUUAAAAGAUAAAAAUUAUUAAGUGUUAUGAUGAGUUGUAAAAGUAUCCACAACCAGUGCUGGUAAAUUCAAAGGAUGAAGAUGGUGUAUAUAGAAUAGUUGAUUUCUUUGGUUUAUUGGUUCUGAUGUUUUCUGGUGAUUAAAUCAUUAAAACGAAUGGCCUAUGGAUAAGAUUUUAAUAACCACACAGCCAGCAUCACAGCUACAUCCAAGAAGUCCUCCCCGGUUGGCUUUUCAAGUCAAGCUCUGCUCUUUGGCGUGGCCAUAUUGCCAGUGCCUUCCUCCAGAAUAUUUUUUUCAACUUCUCAGUCAGGCCUACGACGCUAAGAUUUCCUUUGGGUCUCCCAUCCAAGUUACAAGCCAGAUCCUGCUUGGCUUCCAAACCCACAGCAGAUCAGCUAAGCGCUGCCACCUUGAAGCCAGAGUUUCUAAGAAGACAUCUAGGAACUUGUACUUCUCAUUCUGCAAAUACAUUGCAUUAUCAAGUGUGCAUAAUGUUCCGUAGAAAUUUGCAGCAAAAUGUGGUUCCUUGCCAUUCGCGGCUGAAGCUUUCUGGUUUGCAACAGGAAUUUGGAGAGCUUAGGUACUCUAUAUAGUUCUGUAAAACCUCUCAUUGUGCCUCACAGAGCCUGGUGGUUAUGUCUACCAAUAUAUUACUUUUCUACUUUUCUAUUUUAAAAAUAUCUGCAUUUAACAAAAAAUGAAAAGUUUAAUGAAGUUUUUUGGCGCAAGUGCAAAAGGUAAAUUAAGAUGGUGAGUGGUUCACAAUUUGCUUCAAGUCAUAAUGAUUUGAUUUUGGAGUUUGAUUUUGGAGUAAUUUUAUGAGUAAACUAGAUCAUAUGGCUUGUUCAGGAAAUUAAGGCAGAAUCGGUCCUAAGUGCUUUCUGUUUAUGGAACCAGAAGGUAAUGCCCCACAGUGUGCAAAGUCCUAAUACUGCAGAAUUUCCACAGGAAUAUUUUGAAAUAAAUUCAUGCUUUUUUGGAAGCGAUGCUAAGCCCUCACGUGUCUUCUUUGAUUUGGGGUGAAUCUGGUCACUGGGGCUGGAAAACCCUGGUUUAUGGCUUAAUACCUUGUAUGACCCAACCUGUGUCUCAGCAAACUGUAGGGAUUUGAUGGCAGGCAAAAAUAAAAAUAAGGCCCACUUCCUCUGCUUGGAUCUAUGAGUCAUAAAUGAGAGCUGCAUGCAUUUAAUAGUGUUUCCUGACUAUAAAGCCAAGAAAAGACAAAAUAAAAUUAUAAAAAUAA